UGGGAGCGGCAGGUGCAGCGCUAGCGGGGCGCUCGCCAGCGUUCCGGGGAGAGCCCAGCCCGCGCCUCCGACCUCCGACCUCGGACCUGGGCGCGGUCCAGAAGCCCCAGGCGGCCUGCCAGGUUCAGCAGCCCACCUGAAGGGGAAAGGCUCGCGGGGCGCGGUCCGAGCUGAGAACCAUAUCCGGCGAAGAGUAUCGAAUCGAGGUUACUGGAGGAAGAAAUGGCCAAUGAUCUUUCACCAGGUUUCUUCAUAGAAGAACUUAACAAAUACCGUCAGAAGCACAACAUUGUACUUAAGUAUCAUGAACUGCCUCAGUCGGGGCCCCCGCAUGCUGCGACGUUUACCUUUAAAGUUAUAAUAAAUGAAAGAGAAUUUCCAGAAGCUGAAGGUAAAUCAAAGAAGGAAGCAAAAAAUGCUGCAGCCAAAAUAGCUGUUGAUAUACUUAAUAAAGAAAAUAAGGAAGUUAGUUCUUUAUCGCUGGAAACAACGGACACUUCAGAGGGGUCAUCCAUUGGGAAUUACAUCGGCCUUAUCAAUAGGGUUGCUCAGAAGGCAAAACUAACUGUAAAUUAUCAACAAUGUGAAUUGAGGGAGCAGGGGCCCAAAAGAUUUCAGUAUAAAUGCCAAAUUGGGCUGAAAGAAUAUGGUACCGGUAUUGGUUCUACUAAACAGGAGGCAAAACAGUUGGCUGCUAAAUUUGCAUAUCAUAAGAUACUAUCGGAAGGAACCUUAAUGGCAGCUAACUUUACUUCUCCUGGUUCUGUUGCUACUACAACUAAUGACUUCAGAAACAUCGCUUUGGUAUCACACACAUGGGGUUCUGAAUCACCAUCUGAAAAUGACUUUUCAGCAACUGCACCAGAAAGUUAUAACGAUGACUGUUUAAACAAUUCUUCGUCAUCUUCUAUGAAUGUCUUCGGAAAUAAUCAUAAGAAGAUAAAAAGGAAUUUGGCGCCUGUAUUUAACCCACCUGAUAAAGAAGCAAGCAAGUAUACUGCGAACCACAGGUUCGCCAAAGAUUUUAAAGAAAUAGAACCAAUUGGCGCAGGUGGAUUUGGCCAAGUUUUCAAAGCAAAGCACAGAAUUGAUGGAAAGACUUAUGUUAUCAAACGUGUUAAAUAUAAUAGUGAGAAGGCAGAGCGUGAAGUCAAAGCAUUAGCAGCACUCACUCAUCCCAAUAUUGUUCACUACUACGGUUGUUGGGACGGGUAUGAUUAUGAUCCUGAGAGCAGUAAUUCGGAUACUGAAAACAGCAUGAACAUGAAUUUAGGAGUGAAGACUAGGUGCCUUUUGAUACAAAUGGAAUUCUGUGACCGAGGGACAUUGGAACAAUGGAUUGAAAACAGAAGACAAAACAAAUCAGACAAAGCUUUGGCUUUGGAGUUUUUUCAGCAAAUAACAACAGGACUGAAAUAUAUACAUUCUAAAGAGUUAAUUCAUAGAGACCUGAAGCCAAAUAACAUAUUUUUAGUGGCUAAUAACCAAAUAAAAAUUGGAGACUUUGGACUUGUAACAUCCCUCCAAAAUAAUGAAAAGCGAACAGUUAAUAAGGGAACUUUCCGAUAUAUGAGUCCAGAACAGAUUUCUUCCCACAACUAUGGGAAGGAAGUGGACAUCUAUGCUCUGGGGCUCAUUCUUGCUGAACUUCUUCACAUAUGCACCACAGUUGCAGAAACAGUGAAGAUUUUCACAGAGCUAAGGAGUGGCAUUUUCCCAGAUGUAUUUGACAUGAAAGAAAAAACUCUGCUACAGAGAUUACUGUCAGUGGAGCCUGAGAAACGACCUGACACAUCUGAAAUACUGAAGACCUUGGCUGAGUGGAAGAAUGUCUCAGACAAAAAGGAAAGAAACACGUGUUAGGGACCCUCGGAGAAAGUAGCUGGCUUCCAAUAAGUGAUUUUUCUGUAGUUAUCUAAAAUCUACUGGGGAAUAUUGCUAGGUACUUACCUUUUAUUUUCAUUUCCCCCCUUAAAUGUUUACGACGUUUGUAGAGACAUUUUUAUUUUUACCUCAAAAACAUUCUUACACUUACCCUUUAUUGACUUUUUCCUGAUGGUGAAAAGGCUUCAAAAUUUCUUCUUUAUAUUAAUUAAUGAAUCAGUUAAUACACAUGUAUUAAAUGUCUACUGCUUUUUAGCCAAAAAUAUAUUUCCUUAAAUAGCUUACAAGCCAGUUGGAGAAAUAUGAUCCUUAUAAAAAGAUGUUAUAAAUAAUCAAAUUGGAAAACAAUUUGACGUUAUCUAGUAAAAUCUAAGCUCAAACUAUCAAUUCCAUUCCCACACACGUGCCUAGCAGAAUGUUCACAGAAACCUUGUUUAUGAUAGCCAAAAGAGCAGGAAACGACUGUAAUGCCCAUCAAAAGGAGAAUGGAUUAAAAAAAUUAUAUUCACACACUGAAGUGCUGCAUAGCAUUGAAAAUGAGUGAAUUACAGAGCAAUGCAGUGACAUAGCACAGUUCCUUUCCCAGGAACAUAGUGCUAAGAAAAAUCAGGUUUCAGAAAAAAGUGUGUGUGUGUAUAUAUAUAUAUAUAUAUAUAUAUAUGUAUAUAUAUAUAUAAAAUACAUAUAUAAAUAAAAUAAUUCCAUUCAUUUUGUUAAGGAAUUCUGACAGAUAUGGUAAAACAAUAGAGGGAAGGCAGAGAAUGAGAGAGUAGAUUCUGGAGUGAUUAUCUGAAGGAUGGGGGGAGUAUCAUUGGGGAAGUGGAUUGCAGAGGCAUUGGUUACUUUCUUAAACAGGAUCUUGAGUCCACUAGCGUUUGCUGCAUAGUUGUUCCUUGAAAUAUGCUUUGUAUCUAUUAUGGUCAAGGCUUCAAGGAAAAGCUAUGAGGCCAUGGCUAAGACAACAGUCUAGAAGAGCAAGACCACUUCUCCGGAGCCCAGGGCUCAGACGUGACAUUCUGGUGAGACUUCCCAGCAGGUGAGGCUCUUAGAAGAGUAGAGAGGAGACCUGGGCAGCCCGGUCAAGGGGCAUGGUGUGAGUUCUGGAGAAGGUGUAUUUGAGGGACACUGGAUAUACUGAUUUGUUGCCCUGAAUUGCCAUAGGGAAUACUGGAAGAUAAUUUGGAAUACAUCUUGGAAGCUCCUGAGGGUUAAUUUAUACUUCAGAGUAACCAGCUGCCAUUCUGAAACUGCCAUGUAAUUGUACAAGUUUUAAAAUGAGCUGAAUUUUGGCUAAGCAGAAAAUGAGGAAACUCAAAUAGUGAAAAGAAAUAUUUUUAUAAAUUCAAACAGGAAGAGGAAAUUUUUUAUAAAGGCUUAUGGCUUUUUUUAAAAUACAUGUUACAAAGCAGUCUAUAUUUUUCAACUCCCAGUGCAGUAUUUGAUUAAGGCAAGGUUCAUCAAUGGAUGCUCAAACUAUUAGCUGAAAAGGUGUUGGGAAACAGAAUCAUUACAAGGUUUUAAAUAUCCACAGAUGAUUUCUGAGUCAAAAAGAGGAAGAUGUACUUUUACAAUGGAGAGAGCCUGUUGUCACCACAGUCACCAAGUAGCAUCACCCAGGGUAGAACAGCUUAACAUUUUUCCCCUCCUGAAAUGUGAAUUAUACAACAUCACCUAUUGGGUUUUCAUGUUAGAAGUGUCUAACAUUUUAAUUAUGAGAUUGUUAUAGAAAUCCUGAAUGUAGUUAUUCUAUAACUUUGGGCUUUUCAAAACAAUCAAAAUUAUGAAAAAAAAAAAAGCAUGGGAACUAUUCUAAAUAAAGUGAUAAAAGAAAUAUAGUGACCAAAAUGCAUUGCUUAAAUCUUUAUUGUAUCUUGGAUAUUAUUAAAAAAAACCCCAGCAAACAGUUAUAAAAGACAUCUGGGGAUAAAUGAGAAUACUUAAAUAUAGACUAUAUAUAACAAUUUGAAUAAUUUUAAUUUUCUUAGGUGUGCGAGUAGCAUUGUGUUCAAGGUUUUAUCCUUGGGCAGUGCAUGUAGACAUAUUGAGAGGUCUGCCACUUUCUGAGGUUCAGUAGGAGUCAGUGUGUGUAUACGGGAUGGGGAGAAAAUGACAAAAUGCUAACAACUGGACAACUGGUAAAUCCAGGUUGAGAGUAUUUAGGUGUUUGUUGUAUUAUUAUUUGAGCUUUUCUAUAGGUUUGAAAAUUUUCUGGAUGCAGAGAAGUCUUUUAAAGAAAGAAAAACUAAACAAUGUGGCCAGUUAGUGAGAUUACUUUUUACCUUGUCUCAUUUUAACAUUUCCAGUCUUAUGAAGCAAAUAGCACCUGUUAGCUCUUAUCUAUUUGUGAAUAGGUAUUUUCUCAGCUUCAAAAGUGUAGUAAGUAAAAAAGUUUCUUUUUAAUUAGAGGAGAGGGGCAAGAGUCAGGGACCUUAUUUGUUAAUUAAAGUAUAUGGAGACAUACAGUUUUGAAAGAGCCAUUUGGAUCUAGUUUUACUGUAAACACAUCUUACAGAAAAUUUUAUCACUAAACGUAUAUAUUAUUCAUACUGAAUAUGCACAUUAACAUAAAUAUAGACAUAAUGUACACAUGUACACUUAACCUGCCUGUUAUAUGUUACAUAUAUUUAGCAUCCAUGCACACAUAUGUGUAUACAUAUAUUCAUGUGUGUGUGUGGCCAACUACAUGAUUGUGGAGCUGCUGCAAAAUGUAAAUGCAGGAUCCUUGUUAAAAGAUGAAAUGGGGUAUACUUUUUUUUUUUAAAGAUUUACUUAUUUAUUUGAAAGUCAGAGUUACACACAGAGAGAGGCAGAGGCAGAGAGAGAGAGAGGUCUUCCAUCCACUGGUUCACUCCCCAAUUGGCCACAACAGCCAGAGCUGUGCCGAUCCGAAGCCAGGAGCCAGGAUCCUCUUCUGGGUCUCCCAGGAGGGUCCUUGGGCCAUCUUCUACUGCUUUCCCAGGCCAUAGCGGAGAGCUGGAUCGGAAGUGGAGCAGCCGGGUCUCAAACCGGUGCCCAUAUGGGAUGUUGGCACUGCAGGCAGUGGCCUAACCCACUAUGGCACAGUGCCAGCCCCGGGGGUAUACUUCUAAGCCUUGUCUAUGUGACUGCACAGUUUGUAUAUCCAUGAAACUAUUCCUGCAUGUAUACAUAUAUAUGUGUAUAUUUAUAUAUGUAUCAGAGAAGAAAUAGAUAAAAGUCUAAAUAUAAGCUUUUCUAAGCUUCUACUAUCUGGUAGACUUCCUGGAUAAACUUUUAUCAGGGGCUGGUGCUGUGGCGUAGUAGGUUAAGCAUCCGCUUGCAGUGCUGGCAUCUCAUAUGGUCACUGGUUUGAGUCCCGGCUGCCCUACUUCUGAUCCAGCUCCCUGUUGAUGGUGGAAGAUGGCCCAAGUGCUUGGGCCCCUGCGCAUGUGUGGGAAACCUGAAAGAAGCUCCUGACUUGGCUUUGGAUGGGCUCAACUCUGGUCAUCGCGGUCAUUUGGGGAGUGAACCAGCAGAUGGAAGACCUUUCUCUUUCUCUCUCUCUCUUUCUCUAAUUUUUCCUCUCAAGUAAAUAAAUUUUUAAAAAAAAUUUACAAUAUACAUUCCUCACCUUAGGAUCCCAUGUUAACUUUUCACUAUGGAAUAUUGAAUAAUUUCAUUGUUCAUAUUUAUUUUCAUGUUGAAACCUAUACAAAAAUAGAAUAAUGAAACUAUGUACUCAUCAUACUGCUUCAACAAAUAUCGAUAUUUUGCCUUUCUUGCUACACAUACCCCCCAUAUUUUUUGUUUUGUUUCUUUUGCUGGAGAAUUUUAAGUAAACAAGAGGCAUUUACUUGUAAAUACUUAAAAAUGUGUCUCUAACAUAAAGCCUUUCUAAUUUAAACAAAACCACAAUAUUGUCACAGUCAACAAAAAAAAUCAGGACCCAACAUUACAUUUGGUUGCUAUAUUUCUUUUCUUUUUAAAAUUUUUUGAAAUUUAUUUUUAUUUGAGAGGUAGAGUUACAGAGAGAGAGAGAGAGAGAGAGAGAGAGAGAGAGGUCUUCCAGCCACUGGUUCACUACCCAAAUGGCUGCAAUAGCUGGAUCUGGGCUGAUCUGAAGCCAAGAGCCAGGAGCUUCUUCCAGGUUUCCCACAUGGGUGCAGGAGCCCAAGGACUUGGGCCAAGGACUAGGCCAUAGCAGAGAGCUGGAUCGGAAGAGGAGCAGCUGGGACAUGAACCCACACCCAUAUAGGAUGCUGGUGCUGCAGGUGGAGGCCCAGCCUGCUAGGCUACAGCCCUGUAUUUCUUUUACUCUGCAACUUUUGGUGCUUGUUUUCUUUCCUCUUGCUAUUUAAUUGAGGAAGGAACUGAAUCAUCUGUCUUGUGGAGUUUCCUACAUUCAAGAUGUGACUGAUGGUAUCCCCAUGGUGUGCAUUAGAUUCAGAUGAUUCCAUUCUGGUUCAACUCUUCUCCCCCAGGAACACUUCAUAGGUGAUGCUGUAUACUUUUACAUUACUUUAGGAGGAACAUGAUGCCUGAUUGUUUCAUUUUUGGUGAUUUUAAGAUUGAUUUGUGGGUGCUGGAGAUACCCACUAUACAGCUUCCCAUCGAUCUUUCAUCUAAUGGUUUUAGCAGCCAUUGAUGAUUGUUGCCUUGAUCUAUUAUUUCAUUUUAGAAGUUGCCAAAUAGUGACUUUUUGAUCCUAUCAAACCUUUAGCACUUAUCUCUUUGAUUCUUCCAUAAUGAACUAUCUCUAAGGCUGAAUGGGAAAGAUGAGAUAAACAUUCAUCACUUUUUAGAAUGAAUUAUUGCCCUAGCAACCUCUAAAAUGUGACAAAUGAGUAUUGUUUUUAAAGCAGUGGUAUGGCCCAACUAGAAUUCUGGAGCAGUGUGUCUAGAAUGGUUUAAAGCAGGAAGAAAUUAUUAGAUCAGAAGGCUGAAAGACUGAAAGGAUCUGAACGACACAGGAGGGGGCAGAACAAAGAGGAGCUGGCAACUGAUAGGAGGAUUAAAGAAAAGGUACACAUUGAAGAUUACCUCCUGGGUUGUCUCAAAGCUAGUGGCAGGAUUCUGAUGGCAUUAAAGGGAAUACAAGGCUCCAUCAGAUUAACCCAUAGAGAGCUGGAUACAUUUGAGAGGUAUUUGUCUCACGUUUAACUUCUGAUACGGUUUUUAGUAAUUUAGAAUAUGAGCCAGUAGUGAGGUCACCGUAUGUCCAUCAACACAGUGAGGUGCAGCAUGUUCAGAGGUAAUAUGUCAGUUCCUGUUUGGAGAGCUGUUUCAGCUGGAGAUGUAGAAGAGGCUGUAGGAAAUGCACGAUAGAGAACAUCUCCACUUAGAUGUCUAUUCUUUACCUAUAUCAGGGUACUUCAAAACGUCUGUGGAAAGAUGGAAUUAAAAGAUGAGUUUAUCUUGGUGCAAAAAAACAUUGUUGAAAUCUAUACACGAGGGGGUCUUCAAAGUUUGUGGAAAAUGCCCAUUUUUAAAAAAAAAAAACAAAAAACUGCA